UCGACAUCUGUGCUGGUGAGUCAUUUGUCUUCCUCUAAUAUUUAAAAGGAGAUGGGGAGGACUAACCCAGCUGUUGUUGGGGUUGUCAGAUUCCUGCCUGCAGUGAGACACGGUACAAAAGCCCCAAGCUGUAGAGUUGAGCUGCUCUUGGUUCAAUCCAUCAUUACCAUUUGCCGCUGUGAGGGUUACGUUAGAGAAACAUGGAAACUACUGAACCUGACACGCAGUGUUCAUCAGAACAGACACCAUGGCAGAGUAUGAAGACUACGAAGACAAUGGGUUCUUCAACACUUCCAAAGGCAGCAGCCAGGACCAUGAAAAUUUCCUGCAGUUCAAGAAGAUCUUUCUGCCCUGCAUGUACCUGGUGGUGUUCGUCUGUGGCCUACUGGGGAACUCCCUGGUGCUAGUCAUAUCCAUCUUCUACCAGAAGCUGAAGACCCUGACAGAUGUAUUCCUGGUGAACCUGCCCCUGGCUGACCUGGUGUUUGUGUGCACUCUGCCCUUCUGGGCCUAUGCAAGCAUGCAUGAGUGGAUCUUUGGCAACUUCAUGUGCAAGACCAUACUGGGCAUCUACACUAUGAACUUCUACACGUCCAUGCUCAUCCUCACCUGCAUUACUGUGGAUCGUUUCCUUGCAGUAGUUCAGGCCACCAAGGCCUACAACCAGCAGGCUAAGUGGAUGACCAGGGGCAAGAUCAUCUGCUUGCUCAUCUGGGUAAUCUCCCUGCUGCUUUCCUUGCCCCAGAUCAUCUAUGGCAAUGUCCUUUAUCUUGAUAAAGUCAUCUGUGGUUACCAUGAUGAUGGCAUUUCCACUGUGGUUCUUGCUACCCAGAUGACACUGGGCUUCUUCCUGCCGCUGCUCACCAUGAUUGUCUGCUACUCAGUCAUAAUCAAGACCCUGCUUCAUGCUCGAGGCUUCCAGAAGCACAGAUCUCUAAAGAUCAUCUUUCUAGUGGUGGCUGUGUUCCUGCUGACCCAGACGCCUUUCAACCUCGUGAAGCUCAUCCGCAGCACAAGCUGGGAGUACUAUGCCAUGACCAGCUAUCAUUAUGCUAUCACGGUCACGGAGGCCAUUGCAUACCUGCGGGCCUGCCUUAACCCACUGCUCUAUGCCUUUGUGGGCCUGAAGUUUAGGAAGAAUUUCUUGAAACUUGUGAAGGACAUUGGUUGCCUCCCUUACCUUGGGGUCUCAUAUCAGUGGAAGUCUUCUGAGGAUACAUCCAAGACUUUAUCUGCCUCACAGAAUGUGGAGGCCACCAGCAUGUUCCAGCUGUAGGCCUUGCUGGGGCUUGGAGAAGCUGCUCUAGAAUUUAUAGGAGCCUGGUUGUGUCCUCCAGAGGUAAUGAGGAAGCCUUUGUUUAUAGCUUGUGUAUUCUCAUAAGGAAGUAAUCAAGCAAUCUGGCUGGUUUGAAAUGCUUCUUCUUCUCAGACAUGAACAUCAUCCAUUCUCUUUUAGAAUAUUCAGGCCUAAAGUUCAAAGUGGGGCAGAGUCUAAAAUUUUUAAGGGCUUGCUGAAGCCAAGGGGAUGAUGUGUAGCUCUUAAGAUCUCAGGUUCUAAGAAAGCAUAGGAAAAACACUUGACAAUA